AAGACUAUAAUAUUUAAGUAGCUCACUGUUUAUUAUAUAUUUUAUGUUUCUUGACAUUCAUAGUGAGUUAUUCAAGUGGUGUAAAUAUUUGGUUUCACCUCCUGAUCUAGUAUUUUAUUUAUUAUUAUUUUAUAUUGUUAUCAUAUCAGUAUCAGUGAUCAGGCAUUUUCCUCUGUUUUUCAACCAGCUGUUUCAUACUUACAGUCCGAUUUGUUUGUUUGGAUUAUUUUUCACUUGCUGAUUUCCUACUAAGGUUUAGCCAAAUGGAUCCAGUGCAUUCCUACAUAAAGAUUUACUGCACGUAAAGCUCUAGAGUUAAUUCGAAUUCUCGUAUACCAUGAAACAAACAUUAGUAUUAGUUUUACAUCUCGGGACAUCUGAAUUUAGUGAAUCUGAGUAAGUAAAACUUGACAACCACAUCUUAAAAGUUGGUGUAACAAAUGUUUUACCAGUAACUGUAACCUCAAGGAAAACUGCGUUGCCCUGAACCAAAGGGGGAAACAUUUGUAGUAAGAGGAAGAGGAUUAUUUACUAAAUUUAAAACUACUGAAUUUGAAUUGUAAAAUUAAGUAAUGAUACAAUUUCUAACCAGUAAUAAUACUUCUCUAAUCCACUUUCAAACAUCUGCAACUUUAUCAGAGCAUAUGGAUGCCAAGCCCCUGUUAACUAAAAGGUGGCAAGAAAUGGAAGUGGGCAAAACAGCAGAUAAUUUUUGAUUUAGCAAAGUCACAAUGUCAAUCCAAAUCUACAUCACACAAACAAAGAAAGUCUUAUUGUUAUUCUCAUGACAGUUAGACAUGUGAGAGUGGAUAAUAUUAUCAAGUGCAAAGAAACACAUCACGACUAACAAACUCACAAUUGAGUGUUUUAAAAUAUAAUAUGUAAACAGACAUGAUUAACAAAUUUUCACCCAUUCAAAUCACCAUUAUGGCUGGCUAAUACUCAAUGUGUCUCUGCAAUAGUACAUCAAGAUGAUUAAUCAAAACUGUUUUCAAACAAUACUGAAUGUACUCUGUUAUCAACCAGAGAACCAGAAAAUAACUAGCUUUCUUUAUGAAACAACUUACUGUCUUAUUCUUGGGAUUAUCCAUCUAUGACAAUGGAAGUUUGCUAACAUUGAUGACAUAUUGAUUAGAUUCAAAGUCACUUGGAGAUAUUGGAAGUACUUCUAAUUUCUAAUGCUUCUAAACCAGCAAAAUAUCACAUCAAAACAAUUUUCUUGCCAUUGUUGUAUGACACUUCAGGUCUAUCUUUUGUAUUAGAUGUAGGGAAUUUGGAAUAUAAUAAUAUUGUAUUUAUUGUAUCUUUAUUUUUUUAUAGUGUGGUGGUUUUUACUAAAUAGGGGGAAAAAAAUUUUUUUGACUAAAUUUGGAUGUUUUCUUGUUUAAAGAACAAGAAAAAAUCCAAAUUUGGUUGUAAAGAUUUUUAAAUAGUUACUAAUUAUAAAAUUACAGUGUUAAAUUAAUUUUUGUUACUGUCAUUAACAUUUUUUGUAUAAAGUUUUCACUUAUAAUUUUUAUUUUAAAAAUUCCUAUUUUAUUCCUAAAAAUGUUUAUAAAAACAACUUUCAAUUCAUUUUACAAUGAUACAUGCGUCUUCAGGUCUAGGUCAAUUUUUCUUCCAUUGAUUUGCAACCAUUUUGUCUAUCUUUUAUAUCAUUCAGUAUUUUUAUAUUUAACUUAAACAGUGGGCUUGCUUUUGUUUCUGUGUUCAAAGGUGCUUCGUAAAACCGUGAAAAUAUUCUGGGAGUCAAAUAGUUAGGGUUAUGGGAUUAAACCCAACAUAAAAAUCAGGAGCUGGAGUCCCUCAACAAAAUAAGCAAAACUUCAAGCCACGCUUUAUCAGCAAUUUGAUAUUUCCUUCUGUCACCUGGCUGUGUGAAGAGGAUGGAUCUGCUGCUUUGGAAACAGUGAAAACUCCUAAUUUAAAAUAGUAAUUAUGAUAGUUUAGUUGUAAAACUAAUAUCAAACAAAAAAUGGAAUAGAAACCAGGUUCCAAGACUUGAAAAAACAAAUUGAUAAUAGCGUUAUGAAUACUAAGGAUGUUGAAAUCUAACAGGUUCUUAAUAAAAACAAAUCAGAAUACAUUAUUUUUAUCCAUCCAGACUUUUAAAAAACAUUAACUAGUAAUUUUUAAAUAUAAUAAAUGGCUUUUAAAAUAAUAAACAUGCAACAUAAUGUAUUAAAUAUAUUAAAUAGCCACUCACUUUAUCUGUGUCCAAAAAUAAAUUCUGUUACCGGUACUUGUAAUGAAAUCUGAGGUGGCUUUGUCUUUGCAAGCAUCAAUUCUGCUGUAGAUAUCACUUUAAAAGUUUUCAUUAAUGCAGAUCUCAUUGCAAGUAUUGCAGUCCCGUUACUGUAAUCAACAUAGGUUGGCUACCACAAGGUUUGUGGUCACUAAGUAACUAAUGCACAAGGUUAUGUCCUGGUAACAGACUUGUAUGAAUAUGUGAGUUGUUUUGUCACGUCUAAAAAUAGAUUUCAACUGCCACUUAUGAAUAUGAUAUUUUAAAAGGAAUUAGCUUGUAAAACAACAACAACGACUGAUAAUUACAUCCCUGAACUAAUCAUUGUUAUUUUUUCCUCUUUCAGUUUUGUGUUUUUUCCCCAAAAAUUUAAUGCAGACCAUUAAAGUGAGGUGAAGUUUAGUGCUACAAAGUACAAGAUGUAAGAUGGCAUAUAUGUAUGGCAAAUGCUGGAAUUGGAUGGGGCCUGAUGGGAGCACAAAUGUGGGGAGUCCUGUGGAGAACAGUAGCCAGUUGACAGAAAGGGAGAAAACAUCAAGCAAAAUUAUGGGCUCUACAAAUUUGUGGGAUGAGAAUCGACGUCUGUAUAUGGACAACCUGCGUCUCUGGGACUGUCUGACUCUGAUCAGGAGUGAGCCCAACCUGACCUGUCAAAAUGCCAUUAAUCUUGUCUUCAGUCUGCGAGACAAUGAUUAUCUCAUUUCCUUUCCUGGUAAAAAAAUUUUUUUUUAAAUUUUAACUUUGAACUAAUGGGUCAUCCUUUUACUAUAUUGCUAUAUCUCUUUCUAAAAAAACUUAAUUCGAGUCUGACCUACUCAAUUAUGGAUUUUUUUAAAAUGUUGCUACUCGUUAGAACUAAGUCAGUAGCUAUGCUUUUUUAAAUUAUGUUUUUACCUUUUUUUGAUAAAUUUUGUCAUGUUUAAUCUAUAGAGGUAAAAUCAGUGUUUCUCUCUAAAAGAUAUAAAAUCAAUGUUCCUUUCUCAAAAUAUAAAAUGAUUGUUCCUCUCUCAAGAUAUAAAAUGAUUGUUCUUCUCUCAAGAUAUUAAAUGAUUGUUCCUCUCUCCAGACACUCAUCAGUUGAUGCAACUCCGGUUCCCUAAUGGUGUCCUGUACCAUCACAACCUUGAAGAUGCCAAGCUGGAGAACAUCAAGUUGAAGGAUGAAAAUGCUAGAUUACACGCUGCAGUUUGGGUGCUUAGAGAUAAUCCCUCUCUUCAGGUUGGACUUUUGGUCAGAAAGCAUUUUUAGUUUAAGAGUUUUCCAUUCAAAAAGCUGGUCUAAAUAUAGGCCUAUAAAUAGUAUAUGCUACUGGCCUGGUUGGUGUCAAUAAGUAUGUUGAUGUAUUCAAGUGAGCAAAGUAACUAUGCCGCAUUUGGGAGGGGAAAAUAUAUAAUACGAAUUGAUCAGAAAUAUUUGAUACAAUUCUAAAUAAUGUAUAUAUGACAAUAUUUAUCAAAGUCCAUUUUUAGGAGAAAUAUAAUAAUAAUAUACUUUGAAAGGAUAUUUUCUCUUUACAGUCCAGUAUCAGACAGUUGCUGCACAGGAUACUAAUGAUUUUCAAAACAAGAUAAUUAUGUCAUUGCCAUCUUUGUAAUUCAGCAACCUAUACAUUAAACGAUAUUUUUUCAAUCACAACAAUUAAAAAAACUAUAGAUUAUGUUAUUACUCAAUGUGAGAUUUAAUUUGUUUUAACUUAUUGCCCUUGUUAACAUGAAAUCAAGAACAUAGGCUAAAUUGAUAUCUCCAAUUCAUGUCAAAUAGUUUUUUGAGGGCUAAAAAUAAAAUUUCAAGUUUUAUAUUUAAAUCUGACAUAUGGCCCACAGAAGCUGCAUUCUAAGAUUUGAUGCUUCAUGGAAAUGGGUAUCACUGUUUGUAUGGGGUACGAUCACGAAAGAAAAAAUAUUUAUUUUCAGAAAGAAAAGAGCGAUAUGGGUUGGUGCAUAUCAUUUUUGCUUUCAUAUCAUUUGUGGUUGUUGUGGUUUGGCUAAGUAAACAUGUAUGGGAUGACAUCACGAUGAAUUGAGAGGAAAGAAAUUUUUCAGAGGAAAGGUAUAAGCUUUAUUUUAAAAGCUGUAUAAUUGGGUCUGUUUUAAUUAACCCUACUUAACUUACUGAAAUCAAAUUUUGGAUUUUGGAAAAAUCCAAAAACAUGAUUUUGGAACCGACCUAAUUAAUUAGUAAAAGAAAGCGGCAACCAAGGGCAAGAUACUCUGUUUCACAAAAAUUGGACGUACCCUAUGCAGCUAAUUACACUUUUGAUGAAUUAGUCCAAGAUUUGCAAUUUUUUCUAUUGUCUGUAAUCUAUUAAAAAUAAGUACAUUUUUUAUUUUAGGCAGAUUCAACUGUAGCAGCCAUCUUUAGACUAGACGAAGUUCAGUUCCAAUCUAAAUUUCAUAUGGGUAGGUUACGAUUUUAUUCAGAUUCAAGAGACAUCCGUCACAUCACUACAUCAAAAGAUUUAAAUCAGAAUGAUAUAAAUGUUCAUGUAUCGACUCAAGUAGAAGUCGCUUCAUUACUGCCAUUUAGUUUGAUUCAGUUCUUGUCAGUAUCAGCCCAUUAGUUGGUUUACACAGACCAGGUACUAAUACGAUUUGGGCAUACAAUGUACGAUUUUGAAAUGUCUUUUAUGAUUGGUUGUCGAGACCUGUCAGAACGACGUUUUUAUGAGAUGGGGUUAAAAAAAAUAUUCCUGUGGUUUUUACGAUCUAAAAAAAAAUUAAAUUAAACGUUUUAGGUUGUUAGUUUCAGCUCCUUUCUACAACCGGUGGUGAAUAGAAGAUCAAUAUGAUUGGCUGGGGGCCAUCCAAAAUUAUUACGUUCUCACUGAGAGGAGAAAGUGGAUGGUGUUGACUUGAAAGCGUAUGGGUGUGAAUUUGUGGGGUAGGGGGAUGUGUCUAGAUAUUAUUUGUGCUGUAUGGCUUAAUUUUUUUAAAUUUACUUUUGUACUCUUCAGUUUAAAUGCUGUCAAAUUGGAGAGAACAAAAGAUUUUUUUUAAAAAAGGUAUUCACAACUGCUCCGCACAGUAGCAUUAGUUAUGGACAUAUUUUAUAAGAUCUAGUAAGCGACAUUUGAAAUCUUUUUUUUUUAGAAGUCACUAAACAGCUGUACAAUUUUAAGAUCCCAGCUUUGUUCCAGCUCUUCUCUUCCCUUCUCCCACUACCGCUUGCGGUAGUUAUUAGACUACAAAAUGUUAACGUAAAAUAAAAUCAGGCUCCUACGCAAAAUGCAACCAUGUUAAAUAUUGUGGCCUGCGGGAUGUACCACAAAUGCAAUUAUUUCUUCAUUCAAUUAACAGUUAUUUUAUUUUUUGCAUAAACGCACAUUUGAAAUAUAUAUAUACAUGACUUUUUUGUGUGUGCUAGUACUGGCUAUUUAGGUGUAACUCUCUUUUUUUGGAUUCAUUAAAAAAAAUAGAUUGAAAUAAGUAAUAUAUUAUAAAACUAUUUUACUAUUUUCAAAUACUAAAAUAAAAAAGGAUUAAUAUAAGCAUAGCUUGGUAGAGCGAACCUAAUUUUACGCAAGCAUUACAAGUAAGUGUAGAUUGGCGCAAAACUAUAUUCAGGUAUUGUAAAAGUGCAUCCUUGCAUAUCGAAUUUAUAAAACAAUUUCUGGGAAGGGGGCUCAGCGUCCUCCCCCAAACCCCACCCCCACUUUUACUUGGGUGACUUUGGCGGGUGUUCUCAGUUUCCACUCCCCCACCACAUCUUUGUCUAUUUAAGAGGCGAAUGGCAGGAACCUUUUUAUUUGCAAUAAUGCACUGCAUAUUCUACUAUGACAAGUGACCUUUAUUAGACAUGUGAUGCAAAAGUUAUUAUGUACAUUAUACUGUAUGGAGAGACCGACCAAAAGUGAUUUUCUGAUUUCGGCCGAAAUUUAAAAAUGACUUUCGGCCAAAACCAAAGCUGAAACCAAAAACUUAACGAGACUUUCGCCCGAGGCAGAAACCAAAAACUUAACCAGACUUUCAGCCGAAACUGAAAUAUUUAGGUAUUUUGAAAUUCAUGCACGAAUACAUUCUGCAAACAUCAAAUAAUGAUGGGGGAGAGUAUCAAUAUUUAAAUUCUUUUUUAUAAAAAAAAAUGAGAUCAUCGUGAAUAUUAAUAAAUAAACAUUUAAUGAAUACUUUGGCUUUUACUAUGUUCUUAAAGUAGUAUGGUAAGAGAAACAUUUGGGGGUGGGGAGGGGGAGCUAAAUUCAUGCAAAAUAGACCCUUGAGUGCCCUUUGCUUUUAUAAUAUUAUAACAUUCUAGAACAUAUACCUACAAUAAUUAUUGUGGCUCCAACAGAGCCAAUUGUCACCUAAAUACAAUUUAUUAAGACUAUCAAAAUCAGCACAAUGUUUGGCGGUUAUUGUCAUACUAAUGCUUUGUGUCUCUUAAAAUUGUUGUUCUGAUCAUGGGUCUCGACGGAGAAUUGCAAAAGACAUCUAAAUUGGUCGCCAAAAUCAUAAAAUAAACAGUUCUGCAGUAGCCCUACUACAUAAUUAGUAUACGAACCCGUGAUACAUGCACAACACGUGUGUUAUUUCCUCAAUAACAAUGUUUACGAGCAUGAUAAUGAUGAAUUUCAAGAAAUGAAUGAAUUGAAAAGGCCUAGGUUUCCUUAAUUUAAAAAAAAGAGAAAGCAAAAAUAAUAGAGGAAAUAUUACCAUUUCCUAGGAUUAUUCAAUAUUAUUCACCUUUGCCUAUGACAACAUUGAUGAACAUGUUAAUGAUAAAUCAAAAUGAAUAUCACAAAUGAAUGAAUUGAAUAAACCUAGGAUUUAAAAUGUUAUUUUUGAAAAAUUAGAACAAAAAUAAUGAAAUAAAUAUUACAAUUCCAUUCGUUUUUCUUCCACAAAACUGUCUACAUUUGCCUAGACCUACUUGAAAUUUAAUUUUUUUGGAAAUUAAGGACAAGUAGGUCAUCAUGCAGUGGUGAGCAGUUUUCGCAAAGUAUUAGUCAUAUAUAAUACAAUGACAGUAAGACGUCGAGCAAUAAUAAAUAUCAGACCUGACCUCUGGUAGAUGACCGAAAACCCCAGUCACUUUCAGCCAGAUGGCCGAAAGUCUCAAUCACUUUCGGCCGAAACUGAAAUUAAACCGAAAGUUAACUUUUCAGUUUCGGCAGAAACCAAAAUUCGGUCAGUCUCUAACUGUAUGCUUAUUAUUUUAAGUGUUACAAUAUGGUAUUGUACAAUUUUGAGAUUAUUAAAUACUAUUCUGAGACUAAAUUUUACUGUUUAGGGAGUUCCAGGUUAACCAGGUCUGUUUACAUGGCUCAUUAUUUAUUUAAAUGGUACUGGGACUAAGAAAUAUUAUAUAAAGCUAAAAAAAAAUUAAAAAUCCCAGUGGCACACUCUAAAGAUGUGUAACUGAGAUAAUGUUUACCCCAGCAAUUGAAAUAAUAGGCAUACAAACUUAACCCAAAUAACCUCAGAAUGAGGUUUUUGCUCAUCUUGAUCCUUGAUUGUCCAAAUAUAUUAUAACUGGUUGCAGUUUUAACAUCAAUUAAAGCAAUGCUUCUGACACAUUAUGGAUUAAAUAUGAAAUUUAUUGAUGGAGAAAAUACUCAUUUAUAUUUAUUUGAUUGAUUGCCAAAACUAAUGAAAUACUUUUCUUUUACAGUGACCUCGUCAAAUGCAUUCCCUUUAUCAGAUCCCGAGGGUGUGAGUACAACUUUGAUAAAGCACCAAGAUAAAUUGACUUAUCAGAAUAACAACCAGGUUUUUAUGGCAUCCCUGGACAUUGGAAGUGAGCCCAAUAUGGCAAUUCAACUGACCAAUAAGCCUAUAAGAGUUGGUGUUUCCUCAACAAGAAGAUGUCGCUCAGCCUCCGGUAGACGGCCGAACAGGUUAAUUUUACAGACUUGUUAUCAUUUGGACAACCUGUCAAGAGCUCUCCUUCACUUAAAAACUUACUUGUUUACCAAAUGAUUUCAGAUGUAUGUUAUUUUGGAAUAUGCAUAUGUCAUGUAUGCACUCUUGCAUACUUUGUGAGACUUUGAUGGUUCACGUGUGUCCUGAUACAAAGUGCUAUGUAUCCACAUUCCAAAUUUCAGUUAUCUACUUAGUAACAUCUGUUAAAGUUUUGCCUCAUUCAGUGCUUCUCAGUAUCAGUCCAUAUGUUGGUUUACUCACAAAAUAGAUCUUUGUUGAAAAGUUUAGCUAAUGUGUGUGCAGUUCAUGUGAAAUUGUUUCACUCUGUCCAGCUUUACACUACAAGAUGUUAUUUGCUUUUUUUAGCAUUCGUGCCCCAGUUUCACCUAUGUUUGCUACCCGGAAAAGGAGUGGCAGUGCCAUACAACAGAGAGAUUUUUCAGCCAAUUGGAGGCCUGAUCAUGCCCUGGAGACAGAGCAUUUGUUCUAUCCACCAGGUGAAGAUAUGAAUGGAUUUCUGUAUACCAAACGACCGCCUAGAAUCAACAGAGAGAAAACAAUGAGUCAAAAAAUGUAUCAGUGGUCUGCAGAGGAUGAUUUCAUUAAUAACUGUAAGCUAUAAUUUGUGUUGCUUUUCUCUGAAGUAUUUAUUGUAAAAUUAGAAGAAUCUACAGCUAACUAAAUAUGCAAGAACUUAAAGGAAUAAUCAUUUGGUUAGUAUUUUUUAUUUAAAUCUGAAACAUAUUUUUGAUUAAAAAAUUGCCUCUAAAAAUAAAACUGAUAUGUUGAAAUACUAUUAUUUGUUCCAAGUAUUAUUUAGCUGUCCAGUUGAACAAAGUUAUCCUCUGUGAAACUAAUGAAAUCUUAUAAAAAUAUUUUUAAAUAGCAAAUUUGUUAUUUUUUAUUAAACCUUUGAAGAUAAAUUAAUUUAAGUUUUCUCCAUCCUCAGUUCAUGGUAUGUGUGAAAACAACAACAGCCAUCAUAAUGAUGACUUACCCAGCCAAGUUUCAGGCGAGGCCCAACAAACAGAUGUUGGCAGCCAUGAUUCUCAACAAGAUCUGGAAAGUAGGUUAAACAAGAAUCUGACACCAACAGGUAAUGAGGAAUUACACAGCCCCAAAAAUGGCUUUAGAAAAGCUAAGUUAACAGUGUUGCCUCAUGUCACCUUUAGGAUUGGAAGGGGAAAUCACAACACAAACACAAGGUAUGAAUUGACCCCAGACUCUGAUCAGGACACACGUGAACCAUCAAAGUCUCACUUGAAAGCUGUCCCCCAAAACAUAGUUCUUGAUCCCAAAGUCUCAUUUGAGAUUGCUUCUGUACAGAGGUUUCAAAAAGCCAGAAAGUCUAGGCCCCACGAGUGUAUAAGGGGUGUUUACAAAUGUUCUGAAAACAGUGAAGACUCUGUGACUCAAUCUCAUCUCAUAGACAGACCAUUUACUGCAAAAGAAAGAGAUUUUAAAACUACGAGGAUUCAGAAUUUUCAUAAUUUGGCUCAAUGGAAUUUACGGGAAAACUCAAAAAGGGAUGAAGAAGCUGCAACACAAAAGAGUGAAAGCGGGGGCAUGAGGUUGGAGGAUUUGGAGGAAAUUAGUGAAAGCCAAAAAAAUGCCAACAAUGCAGCAUUUCGGCCCCAUGUUGACAUCAGGGAUGAAAAUAAAAAGGGCUUUAAAAAACACAUAAUUGGAAAACGCCACAGUAGUUUUCCAGUCCUGAAGAUGGCUACAGACUUAGGGAGUGAAGGAAACUCUACCACUUUCUCACAAACAAUAGAUGAGAAGCACUUAAGUUUUAAAUCCAGAAUUGCAAAGAUGAGUACUGAUGCGCCACAAAUUACCUACUCCACAGAACCUGCUGCGUUACGAGCCCCACCUUGGCAGCAGUACCCAGUAAAAUCAUAUACAUCAGUCAAGCACUUCUUGGAUCGCCAACGCAGAUUGACAUAUGGUGACUUCUUCCUCAAGUCAGAUAAGACUUUUUUCACCAGAGAAAUCACACCUUCUGUGUAUGCACUUGGCAGUAAUGAUUAUAUGACGCAUAAAAGAAUCUUUAACAGAUUUAGUCCACCAUUGCAUGGUUCAAUCUCGCCAUCUAAAUAUCAGCACACAACCAAAGAAACUAAAGCUUUUAAAACACCAGACAGCCAUAGAAAUCAAGAUGUCAAGUCAGAGAUAGCAAGCUUAAAAAAAUUUUCAGCUCGACUGCCCAUGCCAUUAGGUAGGCUAACAAAAUAGUUAUAUAUUUAUAUUAAUAUUUUCCAACAUGAAGCUUUUUAUUUUUAAAAAAAUCUGUCUUUACUGAUUUGUUAAUACUGUAUUUAGCAAUGUGUCUUUUUUUAUCAUUUGAAUGCUAGGAGAAAAUAUUUCUUUUACAUGCAUUCUCUGUCUGGUAUAAGCUUUUUUAUUUUAAAAAUUGUUCUUAACUGAUGUUGCUAUACAGAGAAUGCCUCAAAUGAUACAUUACAUAUGCAUAUCUAAUGGACUGUCCCUGUUUUCUUUUAAUGCAUAUAUCUCAUCAGGUCACCUCAAGGGAUGUCAACAACAAUCUCAAUGUAAAAAACACCUGGGUCUGAAACUGCUUCAUGAAUUGGGAAACUUCAAAUACACUCGGCCAUUGGCUGACAUGCUCACUUAGCAGGCCUGUGUAAAAGGUUACAUGAAUUGGGAUGUGCCAGGCAAGUCUGAGCAAAAGGUCACUUGUAUCAAGAGUGAGAACAAAAGCUGUUCAACAUGGAUAAAAGAAACAUUUACACCCAUUUCAGUUUUCUCUUUUUGAGUUGCCUUCGCUAAUGGCAAGAGCCAUGCUCAUACUUUACUAGCUAAGCAUGGUGUUCUUGCAUCCACACCAACACCCAUGAUAGCUUGGCUAACAUCUUAAAGUUCACUUUCAUCAGGACAAACAACUAGAUUCCUUAAUUUGUUUAUAACAGCACUUUAUUACUUUUGCUCCAUUCCUCAUGAUAUAAUAAAUAUAGUUAGAAACAUUAAAAAAAAAAUAGUUUGUUUCUUUUAAAACGGGGGAGGAGGAACAACAGGGUAAAUUUUAUUUAUAAAAUUGUACAUCAUUAUAUAAUAUUUUGUCAGUAACACACACAGAGUAGUAACAAGUUAAAUGCAUCACACAAAAUAUUAGGCUUAAUUUUAGUAGAUAUAAUGCAAAUAUAUAUAUAUAUCCCGAUUAAUAAAAUAAGUAAUGCAUACAAUGAUCUUCUGGUACAAAAUGAGCAUUUAAAAAAUGUUUUUUACGACCUGCAGUCAAUAAGAUAAUUAAUGUGAGAGAAUGUUAUCUAAUUCUACUCUAACCACAGUGGACAUUUUCCCAACCUAUGUCAGAAAUAUAAUACUAUUUUUCUUUGGUCUUCAUCACAUAAAUUAAUGGUUUAACCUUAUUGUAGACAAACACUUUUUUAACAAACCAAAGGAAACAGCUCUGAAUCUUUCUGCUAAAAUUACAUUUAUAAGGGGCUGUUAUUAAGGAAGAAUAGUUGCCAAUAUGUUACAGAGUGUUAAAGCUUAUAAGUGCCUUUUUUUAAAUUACAUAUUACAGAG